AAUAAUAAGACCGGAAGCUAGCGAGCUGUCUGGAACACGAACAGGAAGAGGAAGAAGCUUACAAACUUUUCUCUGGUUGAUUUAGAAGUUAGCGGAAGUUACUCUCUUUUAAUCAGCGUUUAUUGGUGAUUUGCUGGUUUUCUUCAAAGGCCAUCACUCAAGAUGGGGCUGCAGUGGACUGUUGUGGCCGUCUUUCUCUACAUGGAGAUGGGCAUUCUUCUCAUCCUCUGUUUACCCUUCAUCUCACCCAAGAGGUGGCGGAGUAUUUUCCAACUGAGGAUCUGGAGCUGGAUGUCGAGGUUCUGGAACAAAGUGUUUAUCACAAUGAUCAUAAUACUCAUCGUUCUCUUCCUUGAUGCCGUGCGUGAGGUGAGGAAAUAUUCAGCUAAAGAACAUGGCACAGAUGUCAAGCUACAACCCAACAUGUACGAUCACCUGCACAUGAAGCUUUUCAGAGCCCAAAGAAACCUCUACAUCUCUGGCUUCGCUGUCUUCCUGUGGUUGGUCAUGAAGCGAGUGAUCACCAUGAUUAACCGACUGGCAGGAGCAGAUGACUACACGUCUGAUCUUCAGAAGCAGAUAAACAGUGCGAACAAGUUUUCCAAGGAGCAGAUGGAGGACAAUGAGCUGCUGAGACAGACUCUGAUGCAAGGGAAUGGCGAUAAGGCUACCUCAGAGGGAAUGGAGCUGUUGAGAAAGGAAGUUGAGAAACUGAAAGGAGAAGUGAAGGCUUCAGGAGAUGCCCUGGAGAAUUCCCAGUCAGAGGCAGAUGUAAUGAAGAAGCACAUGGAGGGCAUCACCAGGGAGUACGACCGACUGCUGAAAGAACAUCAGGAGCUCCAGAAUCUUCAAGAUGGAAACAAAAAGGACGACUAGUUAAUGUAAAAUUCUUAAAGGUUGAAGUGUUUACACAGCAAAUAAGUCACUGCAACACGCGUUUUACCUUCAUAUAACACCUUGGGCACAUCACAAAACUAGUAUUGGCUCCUUUUGAGAUACAGACCUGCCGAUAUCCGUAAUGGUUUUAAAAGCAUGGAAGUGAAUUUUCAUAAGGGCAUCAGACUGACUAAAGUGGAAUGAGUAAUAUUUGGUAGUUUCUUGUUUCUGCCUUGCGCAGUGUGACUUACAUCAUUGCUUUUCAAGUGCACACGAUCCGGCAGAUUAAUUGUGCAAGGGAAUUGGGUAGAGUUCAGUCAGUAAUCAACCCAGGUCUGAUCACGGAGCACGUAAUAUGUUAAAGAAAUAUGCGUGUUGCUUUAUGGUUUGCGUCAUUGUUUUUAGGCAGGUGCACAGUGUGGAGUGCUAGAGCAGUGACAGCUAUGAAUGUAUUUUGAUACGUAUUCCUGUAUGGAGCAGGAGCACCUGCUGCACCCACUUUGAGCUUAGCAACAGUAUGCAAAUCCGUCAGCGCUUGCAUGGCUGUGCACAUAUAUUUGCAUGUACAGUUGCACUUCACACAUUUUUGUUGUAUUCCAGCUGAUGAUCUGUACUUUUUUUUAACCUAGGUAGUGGUGCAUAAGUUUUGUUUUCUUUUGGUUUCUUCCUUAGUUUGAACUUGUAAAUGUUGAAAAAAAAGACAUAAUGGAUCUGUGGAUAUCGAUAAAACUGAAUCUGUAGGGAUAGAAAAUUGGAUUCAACCAUUUAUGAUCUUACUUUUGGUUUAAAUGUCUUUACUCAAAACUUUAAAGGUCAAAAUUCUUGUUUAUUUGCUGCACUGUGUUUCAGGCGUUUGAGUUAGUGUGAGAGUUGAACUGGGAGUUGUAUUGUAUGCGUCGGGAAAAGGGUCUGUAUGAUGUUUGUGAAAGAGCAGCUUAGACUGUAAUCACCAGAUGUUUAAAUGUUCCCCAAUUAUUUUUUUAAUCAGGUUAUUGGGUUUACCAAAGUUACUUUUCAUGUGAUAUAGUUGCAAAAAAAAAAUCCCUCUUCAUGACAUUUGUGAAGACAGAAAUCAGAUGGAAGUGCCUUUUAGAUGGAUGUAGUACAUUUUGUUUAAUAAAAGAUACAUUUCUUUA